AUGGCUGACUGGUUGUCGUACAGAGCUCUGUUCGUGAAGAACUUGAGCUACAACGUAACUCCAGAGGAGUUGUUCGACCUGUUCGGAAAAUUCGGCCCAAUUCGACAGGUCCGUCAGGGCAUUGCAAGCGGCACCAAGGGUACCGCCUUCGUUGUCUAUGAAGACGUAAUGGAUGCGAAGCAAGCUUGCGACAAGCUAAACGGCUUCAACUUCCAGAACCGAUACCUCAUCGUUCUGUAUCACCAGCCAGAGAAGAUGCUCAAGUCAAAAGAGGACCUCGAGGCUCGCCAGGCUCGUUUAGCGCAGCUCAAGACACAGCACGGCCCGUCUAUUUCUUCAUCUAAACGAACCACUUCUCCGGAUCAGAAGACGAUCCUCAGAAAGGGCAAGCCGACCAUCACCGGGCGCGCACCCAGAACCGGUGUACGAUUCGCCGACGGAGUGCUCCCCAACUCGCUCCGGGCCCAGACUUGCGCUUGA